GGGCGGGGCGGCCUCCGGGGCUCCCGGGGACGCCCACAGGCCCCGCGAGGCCGGAGCGGGGUGCCGGCGGCCGUGGAGGAGCGCGAGAGCGCCGGCUGCACGGAGGGAAGGAUCAUUGAAUGGCUCCUGUUUGACAACAUGCACCAGCAGUGGCUCCUGCUGGCUGCCUGCUUUUGGGUGAUUUUCAUGUUCAUGGUGGCCAGCAAGUUCAUCACGUUGACCUUUAAAGACCCGGAUGGGUAUGGUGCCAAACAGGACUUUGUGUACCUGACGACCGUGCCGGAAGCAGAGAAGCUUAGAGGAGGGAAGCAGUUUCCGGAGGAUACGAAGCCAACGGGGAAGAUGCUUUCGGACGGCCGCCCCGACCAGCCGCCCGUUUAUCUGCAGCGGCUGGAGCUCAUCAGAAAUGCCUGCAAGGAGGAGGCUCUGCGCAACCUCUCACACACCGAGGUCUCGAAGUUUGUCCUUGAUCGAAUAUUUGUCUGUGACAAGCACAAGAUUCUUUUCUGUCAGACUCCCAAAGUGGGCAAUACCCAGUGGAAGAAAGUGCUGAUCGUCUUGAACGGAGCAUUUCCUUCCAUUGAAGAGAUCCCUGAAAACGUGGUCCAUGACCACGAGAAAAAUGGCCUUCCACGACUCUCUUCCUUCAGCCAAACAGGAAUUCAGAAGCGCUUGAAAACAUACUUCAAGUUUUUUAUUGUAAGAGAUCCCUUCGAAAGACUGAUCUCUGCCUUUAAGGACAAGUUUGUUCACAAUCCGCGCUUUGAGCCCUGGUACAGGCAUGAGAUAGCCCCUGGCAUCAUCAAGAAGUACAGGAAGAACCGGACUGAGACCCGCGGGAUCCAGUUUGAAGACUUUGUGCGCUACCUGGGUGAUCGGAACCGCAGAUGGUUAGACCUUCAGUUCGGGGACCACAUCAUCCACUGGGUGACCUACGUAGAGCUCUGCGCACCCUGUGAGAUAAAGUACAGUGUGAUUGGACACCACGAGACCCUGGAGAAGGACGCCCCCUACAUCCUGAAGGAGGCUGGCAUAGACCACCUGGUGUCCUACCCCACCAUCCCUCCAGGCAUCACCGUGUACAACAGAACUAAGGUGGAACGCUACUUCCUGGGCAUCAGCAAACGAGACAUCCGGCGCCUGUACGCACGUUUUGAAGGGGACUUUAAGCUCUUUGGGUAUCAGAAACCAGACUUUCUGCUAAAUUAAUGCAUAGGACCCUUGAAUCUCACUAGGUCAGGGGCUGGCUAGGUGGCAGCCU